AUGGAAAAAAAAGCGCAUAUCUUAGUUAUGACAUUUAAUUUGGCAGCAUCAGAUGUACCACUUGAUGCAUUUUCAUUCCUUCCAAAGGGUUAUGAUAUGUAUAUUCUCGGUUUUCAAGAAGUUGGCCCAUUUAUUCCAUUAGCUUGUGAUGCCAAGCAAAAUGCACUUUCACAGAUAUUAGAAACGAAAUUUGAAAAGGAAUACUUUAUAAUGACCAAUAUGACAAUGCUUGGUCUCAAGUUAUUUAUUGCAGUAAAGAAAGAACAUGAAAAAUAUGUAUGGGCAAACAAUGAAUACUUCAUCCCUACCGGUGCUGAUGGUGCCUAUGGUAAUAAAGGUGCUGUAGCAGUAUCUAUAAAUUAUGAUCAAACGAAAAUUCUUUUUAUUUGUGCUCAUUUUGCAGCUCAUGAGAAAGCAAUCCUAGAUAGAAACAGAAAUUAUUCGGAUAUAAUGACAAAAAUCAUAUCAUACUCUGGUUGCGACCCAAGAGAAAUGCAUAAUUUUAUUUUCUUCUUUGGAGACUUAAAUUACCGUAUAGAUUUGUCAUACGAUGAUGCCAAAAGGCUAUCAAUGGCUGGUAUGUACCCGAAUUUGAUUUUAUAUGAUCAAUUACAAAGAGAAAGAACUUCAAUUCAUGUUUUUAGCGGAUUUAGCGAAGAAGAGAUCACAUUUCCACCAACAUAUAAGUUUGAUAAGGAUUCUAUGCUAUAUGAUACAUCAAAGAAGGAAAGAGUUCCAUCAUAUUGCGAUCGAAUCUUAUUCUUUGCAAAUAGUCGAAAAACUUUAACUGUUAACAGUUAUACGUCAUACAUGGAUGUUAUGUUUUCUGAUCAUCGACCAGUUGUAGCUGAUUUCACGUUUGAUCUUGUAGAUAAACUUGAAGUUCAGAAAUCAACUGAAAAAUCAAGUCGAGUAUGCAGAAUAUGA